AUGGCCAGAUUUCCCAGGGUUGACAAGAGCAACAGCAAGAAGACAGUGAAGACGGGCGCUUGGAGUGCGGAAGAAGACCAGAAACUGGUUGCUUAUAUCAAGAGAUAUGGCAUUUGGAACUGGACUCACAUGGCCGAACCCGCCGGUUUGGCGAGAACAGGAAAGAGUUGCCGGCUUCGAUGGAUGAACUAUCUGAGGCCCAACAUCAAGCACGGAAACAUCACCCAAGAAGAGGAAGAAAUCAUUAUUAACUUGCACCGAGUUCUUGGUAACCGUUGGGCCAGCAUAGCGAGUAGACUUCCGGGAAGGACAGACAAUGAGAUAAAGAACUACUGGAAUACUCGUUUGAAGAAAUGUUUUCUCGUGGAAAAUUUGCAAAUGCCAACUGCAUGCGAUGUGAAAGUCAACUCCAAUCACAAUGAUCCUUUAUCUUGCCAAGAUUCAUCAAUUGCCCUUAGUGAUGCUACAAAAGCACAAAACCUUGGAACUCCUUGUGGAAUUGAUCGGAUUGAUGAAAUUGACAAAACCCUAGUCAAUGGCUUGGUCUCACUGGGCAACAAAACUGACAAAGUAGAAGGAAACAUUUGGGAACAAUUGGUUGCACUGAAGGAUCUUUGCAUAUUAGAAGAUUUUGAAGGUAUAUGCUCAAACUCAGGAACUGCAUCUCCUGCUUUCGAGUGUAUGUACUCUGAGCCAAUGUAUUUUGGUGAAUUCUACGAGGAUUUUGUCAUAGAUUUGUGGGGAAAUUGA